GCCAUUUUGAGUGCUGGCUCCUGCCCUUCCCAGUCGCUCAAGUUCCCGCCUCAUGCUGCGGCUGGCGCUGGCGGCUCUGGCUCUGGGCUGGGCGGCCGCUUGGUUGGCGGCUCGCGGCUUCGCUCCCUGGCGGUGGCUGGGGCAGACUUGGAGCGGGGAGGCGGUCCUAACUGCCGCCGAGCUAAGCCGCUACACGGGCACCGAGGGAAGCCCGGGACUUUACCUGGCCGUGUUGGGGCAGGUGUUCGACGUGCAGCAGGGGCGCAGGCAUUACGGCCCUGGAGGCGCUUACAGCUUCUUCUCAGGGAAAGAUGCCUCCAGAGCUUUUGCCACAGGUGACUUCACCCCAGCUGGCCUGGUGGAUGAUGUUUCAGGAUUAUCACCACCACAAAUGCUGGCCAUUGAGAAUUGGCUUUCCUUCUACCAUAAGAAUUAUGUGCAUAUCGGCAAAGUAGCUGGACUAUUUUACCAAGAAAAUGGGGAAUCUACCAAGGUUUUGGAGGAGGCCCAAGCUCUCAUUGAAGAAGGGAAGAAGCUGCAGGCCCAGGAAGUUGAGCGAAAGAACCAGUUUCCACCUUGUAACUCUGAAUGGAGCUCAGCUGGAAGAAGCAGGGUCUGGUGUUCCAAGCAGAGUGGGGGUAUCAGCCGAGAAUGGUCUGGUGUACCUAGGAAGCUAUAUGAACCAGGAUCCAGUCACAGCCAUUGUGUUUGCAUAAAAACAGAAGAUCUGUUUCCUGGGCAAGAGAAAUCUACCCAGCUAAGCAACCAAGGAAAGCUGAACAAUCCUAAUUUCCAGGAAUAUGAAGGGUGUCACCCACUUUCUGAAUGGUGUGCUUUAAAAGAAUGAGUCAACUGUACCUCACUGGAGAAACACUUCUACACAAUCCAGGUAUUAAAGGAAGCCACUUUUAAGGAAACUUAACUAUGUAUUUUGACACACUGUCCUAAUCUAAAAUUAUUGUUUGCAAAACCUGAAUCUGCAAUUAAAAAUCGUGCUUUAAAAAUAUGGGUUUGUAAAACAUAAGGUAAAAAAUAGGAAUGGAGAGAGCUGUAAGCAUUGUGUGUUUAAAAACAUGUCAGUUGAUGCCAUGAUCCUCUAAACAGGAUUCUAGCAUGGAGUAAAAGAGAACAUUGGCCCUGAAAAAUGGAGGUGUAAAAGGGGCUCCCAACGCCUGCUUCCUAGGUCAUCAAUACCUGCAUUUGAACUGGAAGCAUACGGGUAGACCAUGAUUUGCAACUGGUCACUUAGAGUUACAAUAGACCUACUUUAGGACUAUGGUCUGUCCCCGGAGUCACAACUGAAAUUUAGGGGUUUGGCAGUUGGGCAAUAUUUAUGGCCAUUUGUAAUGUCUUGUGGUCACUUGACCACAUUUUACAACUGUUUUGCUCCAAACUGGCGUUUACUUCCAAACAAAAUACACCCAUAGUGAACCAUUGGUUUACUUAAUGAUCGCAGCAAAAAAGGAUAUAAAAUCAGGUCAGUCUGACACCAAACCAUUUUAUGACUGUCAUGAUUUACGACCGUAAUGGGUAGGCUCUAUUACAGUUGUAAGUUGAAGACUAUCUGUGAUUGAUUUUCUAACUCAUAUAAAAUGGCUGUACUGAUAUAACUAAAAGAUAAAAAUAAACUUUUCCCAUCUAGUCGUGUCCAAUACUAGGGUUGGUCCUCAUCUCCGUUUCUUAGCCAAGGGAGCCAGCUUUGUAUGAAGAUGCUUCUGUGGUCAUGUGGCCAGCAUGACUAUAUACCAAGUGGCACGGAACUCUUGUUACUUUCCCAUCAAAGUGGUACCUAUUUAUCUACUUGCAUUUACAUGCUAAUUCAAACUGCUAGAUUGGCAGGAGCUGAGGCAAGUAACGGGAGCUCAUCCCAUUACGUGGCGCUCAAAUCUUGAACCUGGCUUUUAGCUUUCCAGCUGACAAGCUCAUGGUCUUUAACAGCUGAGCCAUCAUGCCCCUUAUUUUGAUAUAACAUGCAAGACUAAAAUAUUGGAUCUGCACAACACAUGGGUUCUAAACUGAUCAUUUUAUAAACCAUGUUUUCACAUACAGUACAAAUUUAAGUAAUAAUAGGAUUCACUCUAAGGGGGCCGUGAUGACUCAGCGGUUAAAGGUGUUGAGCUUCUUAGCCAGAAAGUUGGCAGCCUGAGUUCAAGAACUGCGCUAUGUAAAAGAGUGAGCUCCCAUUAUUUGCCACAGCUCUUGCCCACCUAACAGUUUGAAAGCAUGCAAAUGUGAGUAGAUAAACAAGCUACUUCGAUGGGAAGGUAACAGCAUUCUGUGCACCUCAGCAUACAGUACAGUCAUGCACUGGCUCCCUUGGCUAAGAAACAUACAUCAGCAUUGCCCCCCUAGAGUCAGACACAACUGGACAGAGGAAACCUUUACCUGCUAAAUUAUGGUUUGUUAGCUAACCUAAAGCAUUUAAUAUUCUUGCUGCUCUUCAGUAAACAUGUCUAUUCAGCUGCCAUUUGAUGUGUUGUAUUGUUUCCCAUCUGGCUUAAUUUGCUACUUCAGGUUAUGGUCUGUAUUAACCAUCAAACGUAUCUUUUACGAUCUUGAGCAAAUUGUAAUAAUGGAAGAUAUCAGUUUGGUGAAGUGAAAAUAUAAAAGCUUUUUUUCUGGAUAAAAUUGGGGAUCACUAGUAUCAGUAUUCAGUUUGCAGCAAUAUACAGUUCUUCUGCUUGACUUCUGUAACCAUGAACUUACUGGUGUCCAAUUAAAUUGCUUUAUUACAAGAAAUUACAAGUUGGCAUAUAAAUAUUAAAAAAAUACAUUGCUUUACAGGGCUUUAGAAGGAAAGAUUGUAAAGUAAUAGUUUAAAAAACAAUUAUGACUUUGUUUCUCAAACUAAAAACAGCAGCUGAAAAACAGGCCAUAUUACUUGCAGAUGUUUAGUUUCUUGCUAUGAAAGUGGUGUGUUAGUGGUGUGUUGACUACAGUAACCCCAGUCUGGUAGGGACAAGAUUAUAGUUUUGUACUGUCAAUCCAUAAGGACAGCUAUGCCUUUUAAAAAAAAAAAAAAGUAUAAGCAAAACUUAUUUAAUACAAUACACACACACAAACUUUAAAACAAGGUAGCAUGUUUGGAAAUAACUACUGUAUAUUAGACAUUAUAAGCUUAAUUCUGUCACUUGAUGUUGUGACAUCUAGAUUUAGUACCUGAGUUGCUAUGUGGGAGAACCAAGGCUAGAAAAGUUUCUUCUUCCAUUAAUGUCCCUCUGAAUUGAAUACAAGACUUUACAACUAUUCUUUCAUAAGCCAAGCACUUAUCCUUUCCCAAACACAAAUUAGUCCUUUUAGUAAUCUGCACUGAGAACAGCUUAACGCUACUAUAAAACUCAUGGCUAGGCAGUAUCAGAGAAGGCUGAGUUUAAGCCAUGCUGAAAUGAAGUUUGGCUUUAAAUUACAAGCACAAACUCCUAGAAUGAUUAUGAUUUAAUAGAUUUGUUCAUACAACUUUUUUUUAACAUGCUAAGAAAUGAACAAAGAAAAAUCAAUUUUCAGGACCUUAGGCUCAAAACUAAUCAAGAAACAGGUCAGUGCUCUCAGAACACUAAAAAAGCAAACUCGUUUGACAAAAAUAUAACUACCAGACUGCCUACAUUCCACAGAUUUAAAUUAUAUCAAGUUGAGCUGACAUGUUUUCUAGCAAGAGCUACCUUUUUAUGGCACAUGGUGACCAUUCAGAAAAGGCAGGAGGGGGAGGGAAAAUGGAGAGCAGUUUGUGGUUUACAGUGGUCUGAGACAGGAUGAACUGGCUGCAGAGUAAUACUGAACAAUGUCUACAAAACAACAGUAGAUUUGGGGUCCAAAACUAUUCACAGAUGAAGAGGCCAUCUUUGUAGAACUUACAAGUUAUUUUCAUGCUCACAUGCAUGAAGUACAAUAAGUACUUUCACAAAUUAUAAGACUGCAGCAUAAAACUUUUGUUACAAUGUAUUGAUGAAAAGGGAAGGGCUUAUGUUAACUUGGCUCACAAGCUGAAGUCAUAUUCCAUGCCUAUGCUUGAAGUGUAGAAUAAGCAGUAUGGAGAAACUGACCAAUGAUUGAAGUUGUGCAAAAGGGAUGGAAGAAAGGGAUCUAAAUUUGGGCACUUCUCUUUUUAUAAUUGGAAAAGUUAAUUUACCAUUGAGGUUUAAGCAUCUUAAAUCUAAGACUAUGAAGAAUCAGAUCACUUUGAAGAUGAAAAACCAAGGACGUGUGACAUGAAAACUAGCAAGUCAUCGUUGCUUCCAAACGUCUAAAAAGUUGCACUUUUGUAUUGUUCCUUGAAAACAAAUCAAGCACAUCUCCCUCCCAUGUGCUCUGGAACAAAGAAAGCAAGAUCCCUGGAGAGUUUCAAAUACCAAAUAUUUGAUGCCAUGACUAAAGCCAACAAAGAUAAAAGUACUUCUGUCAGUUGAUUUGCAGUUCUGUAACCAUCUGUAGAAAUAGUGUUACACUCUGGUCCAAAUUCUCACAUUCUUUCAAAACAUUUAGCCACUUUUUAUCAUGUAAUUUGCAGAUAAAACUAUACCAAAGAAGAAAAUACUUCAGCAUUGAUAAUGAGUGGUCAAGCUACCACUCACAAGACCGCAUUGAAGAUGUCACUUAACAAAUUAAGUGACAAAUUAAGAAAAUGCAGGCAAUGUCCUUCCUAACUCCCCUUUCAUUCAACAGCAAUUGCCAUUGUUUAGGUCUAAGUACAAGCCAGAGACUGAUGUUACUUGCUGGACCUCAAGACAAUCAACAUUUUUACUCCAAGAAAGUGAGUUUGAGACUACAAGUUCAGAUCAUUAGAACAAAUUAAUAUCUCAGCCAAUUUAUAGUCUAUCAUGGUACAGUAUUGCACAAGGGAAGCUGUCAGGUCCUCAAGUGUUACACUUAUACAUUGACUAGCAAGAACAUUUUUCUUUAAAAUAAAACAAAACACUAAUUUGGGGCCAGUCAGUAGAAUAGGCUCAGAUACAAGUGUUUUUAUUAAAAGUGCUUUACAAUUUUUUUUUUUUUUGUGCAAUCCACCAAGUCCAUUUCAAAUUCAAGCAUGCUGCCCAAGGAGAAUCUCUUUAACAGGGAAAUUCCAUAGCUCAAUUGAUACUGAGGGAGGCCUGCUUAAUUUUGGCAUGUUAAUGAUCUAUCAUAUAUACAAUUUACAACCCGGAAGUGGUUACAUAAUUUCCAUAAUGCCAGUGCUGAAAUAUGGUGAUGUAUCUAUGAAAAAAUAACUCUAAAAAUGCCAGAAUCACCAAGGUAAACUGAAAAACUAGCAAUUUGUUCACCUUCCACCCACAUUUGGCCAGAUGAAGUGUGAUUACCAGGUGAAUUAUUGGAUUUCCCAUCUAUUUAUCCAAAACAAGCUGCCUGCCUACAGCCUCACAAAGUAGCUUAUUUCUUUGAGGGGGUAGAGAUUGCACUGAUUACAAGUUAAACGACAAGAGGUUCAUCCUUCAGAAGCAAACAGAUACAAGCAGGAAUCUUAGAAAAGGACAGAUAAUUACCAAGGAUCCCCUAAUCAUUGAAGGCAGAAUUCCAGUUUUUCACCCAAUAGAUCAGAAGGGCUAAGCAGCAAACGGGGAUCCAAUUUGAAAUGUAGCAUUGACUUCUUUCCCUUAAGUUUCUUUCUACUCCAUUCCCCCGAGAUUUUGCUUAUACAUAUAAAACUAUUAUGUUCCUCAAAUCACAGAAAUAUAUUUUAAAAAGUAGCACUCUGUUUGUGUAUGUGUAUACACUCACCCAUGUGGUAACAUUACAGGAUACAUUAGUAUUCUAGAAAGAGAGAAUGCAAUUUUUAGUUAGUUAAUAUUUUUCUCUUCCCUUACAUACAUAUAGACACUGAAAAGUAGUGGUUACUGAAGGUAAGAGUGACAGACGUUUCAAUUAACCCAUUCAUGAAGCAAUGGAAGGCUUGCUUAUCUUCCAGGGUUUGGUUCAGUUUAUAAGAUUGCACUUACCCACCCCAAUCUUCUACAUUUAAGUACAUGGUGGUUUGAAUACAAGAGACCCCCCCCCCUUUUUUUUUUUUGCUGUGUUAAACAUAUGACAAAUAGUCCAUUGUAUAUAUUCCAAGAUUUUAGAAGGGACCUGCUGUGGCACCUGACAACAAUAAAAUGUCCUUGGCCAAGGAAAGAGGCCCACAGGAGACAAGACUGCAAGCCAAUUCUAUUUUAUCUGGUUCAAGACAGGCAUCUCCAUAAGUAUGGAUUUGAUAUGGAGCUGCAACAAUCAUCUUAAUGCAUAAGGAUUUUGUAAGAAAUCAUCUUGGUCUGUCCCAAGAUUUAUGGACAGAGACCAGCUCCAAGGGUCACUGAUGUUGAUUGCUCUACUGGCACUAUUCUACCUCUCUUGAUUACCCCUGUCUCAUCAUCUUGGCAUCUAGCCAUCUUCACAUGCUCCAUAGUAGCAUCACCACUGCAUGCUGGGUUAGUCCAAUAGCAUUAGACCUUCCUUCAACAUGACUGUAAACAUAGGACUAUUUGCAAAGUUUUUGUUACAUUACUGAAAGACAGCUUGGAUUAUUAUUACUUCUUAAGAAAACCUGAUUGAAUUUGGUAGCAAAGUUGGCCUCAUCACUCCCUGAUUUUGACACAGGAGAGCAAACAAGGGUUCUGAAAAUCCAGGAGCUUUAAUCAGCCUCCUUUUCAACAGGAGAAGUGGUAAAGCUUUCAUUAUAAGGCCACACAAAAUUUUCAGCAAUGCGUUAAACAAAAACUUAACUUGCGGUCAACCUCUUUUUGGGCAAAAGCAGUCACUAUACCUUGCACAGCUGCCCUUUGUAAAAAAAAAAAAAAAAA